AUAAGAGAUUACAUGUAACACUUUAAAAAUAAUAGUUUGUACUUCAAAAUCGAGCAUUGUUGUAUUGGCUAAGCAAUUACAAGUCCUACUCUAUAAUUAUUUCCGAAUAUUUGUUAUUUCCGACCCUUUAUAGAAUUUCAUCAGCUGAGAAGAUUCCUUUGGAAUCCAAGACGGUAGAUGUGGUAGCCGUCUCUCAAGCCGCACAUUGGUUUGAUUUCUCUGCCUUCUGUCUGGAAGCUGACCGUGUUCUACGACCAGGAGGACACGUCGUGAUCGUAUCUAGCUUAAGGAAGACGUUACAUCAUGAUGAUCCCGUCAUGGAAACCAAGAUCAACGAAUGUAAUGAUAGAUACAUGAGUAUUCUAGAUACCUAUCGGCUCAUCAGUCAUGAUGAUCUAGAUAAGUUCUACAUAAACCUCAAGAGUCAUUAUCCUGAGACAAUAAGGGAGACCAUUGGAGUAAACGUUCAGCAUUCGCCUGUUGAUUAUCUGAAUCUGAUCAAGACUAUGAGUUACUCUUUCAAAUACAAGCAAAAUAAUCCAGACGGUAAUUUGUUCGAAGAAUUUCAGAAGAGCCUUGAGGACGUUAUGGAAACCGGAGGAGGAGCCACAGAUGGACGAUUCCGAGUCACUUUCUGGCACGAUAUAUCCAUUGGUCAGAAAGGAAUAUCGUGAAAUCAGUAUCAGUUAGGUUAGGAUAAAGAAAGGAUAACAUCAAUAUCUGGAUUUAUUAAAAAUAGGUCAUAUUAUGUCCCCCUCUCCCCCCCCCAAA